AUGUCCGACGCAGAUUUCGACACGAUCGCGAAGCUCCAGCGCGAGCGAAACGCUGCGAAGAAAAGUUCGCGCGCGCUGGAUGCGUCAACUCAGCGCAACGACGACAGGAGACAGAAGCUCACGGAUAGCGCUGAUAAUGAGCUAUAUGAGCGUGAUGGAGGCGACAAAUUUGCAGGAUACCACACGUCGCUGCCGAUGGGGGAUGAGGAUGAUGAUAUGGAUGAAGACAAUACCCGGCGGCUCGUGGGCCAAUAUACUGCAUCGCGAGACAUGAUCGACGAGUUUGCCAGAGGGAAUGGAGUGGAAGAAGAUGACAUUCUUGCGGGAAAAGGCGAGAAGAGCGGUCGAAUUACUGACCGCGAAACCGACUACCAGAAACGUCGCUUUAAUCGAGUUUUGACGCCUACCAGAGCCGAUCCUUUUGCGGAGAACCGACAGGCCGGAGCCGCCGAGAAUGGGGCAACCUACAGAGAAAUCAUGGAAGCCCGCGAACUAGAUAAAGAGGAGGAACGUGUUCGAAAGGCUAUUCAGGACAAGCUCAAUGGCGAAGACAACGAGGCCGAGGCCCAGCCGACGUUGCGAGACGUGGACAAGGAGAACGCCGAGGCCGGAUCGACUGAGGCUGUUACGGCAGGACGAAAGCGAAAGAAGAGAUGGGAUGUAUCCUCUGCACCAGCUGAGGAACAGCCUCAGGAUAAGGCCGAGGAGGUGAAGCCAAAGCGUUCAAGAUGGGACCAAGCACCAUCCAUCGGCGACGGAGAGACUACCAAAAAGCGCUCCCGAUGGGACCAAGCUCCUUCAGCGACACCCAUGGGUAACCAAGGACUCGCUACCCCGAUGCACCCAACUCAAGCUCCCGGUGCCUUACCGCCGGCCUUUGGAAACGAUAUCUCUGCCCGUAAUCUCCCCCUCAGCGAUGAAGAGCUAGAUAUGCUACUGCCGGGUGAAAAUGAAGGAUAUAAGAUUUUGGAGCCACCUCCUGGGUAUGAACCUGUUCGCGCCCCGGCACAUAAGCUGAUGGCAACGCCAGCUCCAGCGACAGGCUUCAUGAUGCAGGAUCCGGAUCAAGUGAGGCUAGGGGGCAGACCGGUGCCGGCUGAGCUCUCUGGUGUAGGUGAUUUGCAGUUCCUCAAGCCAGAGGAUAUGGCGUACUUUGGCAAGCUCAACGACGGAGCAGACGAGAACGCCCUGUCCGUGGACGAGCUGAAGGAGCGCAAAAUCAUGCGGCUCCUGCUUAAAAUCAAGAACGGAACCCCGCCUAUGCGAAAGACGGCCCUUCGGCAAAUUACAGACAAUGCGAGGAACUUUGGGGCCGGACCAUUAUUUGCUCAAAUCUUACCACUUCUCAUGGAGAAGUCUCUGGAGGACCAAGAACGCCAUCUCUUGGUCAAAGUCAUUGAUCGAAUUCUAUACAAACUGGAUGAUUUAGUGCGACCCUACGUUCACAGGAUCCUUGUGGUUAUUGAGCCGUUGCUCAUUGACCAAGACUACUAUGCCCGAGUCGAAGGUCGUGAGAUUAUUUCCAACGUGGCAAAAGCCGCUGGUUUGGCGACUAUGAUUAGCGUCAUGCGGCCAGAUAUCGACCACCCUGACGAAUAUGUGCGUAACACAACCGCCAGAGCCUUCGCGGUUGUGGCGUCUGCUCUCACCAUUCCAGCGUUGCUGCCCUUUUUGCGAGCCGUCUGCCGAAGCAAGAAAUCAUGGCACGCCAGACACACCGGUGUGAAGAUUGUUCAGCAGAUUGCCAUUCUGAUGGGCUGUGCUGUCCUGCCCCAUCUCAAAGGUCUUGUUGAGUGCAUUGCUCCCAACUUGAACGAUGAGCAGACAAAGGUUAGGACCGUGACCAGUUUGGCCAUUGCAGCUUUGGCAGAGGCAUCCAACCCAUACGGUAUUGAGAGCUUCGACGAUAUUUUGAACCCUCUGUGGACUGGUGCGCGGAAACAGCGUGGCAAGGGGCUUGCUGGCUUUCUCAAGGCGGUUGGAUACAUUAUUCCUCUCAUGGACGAGGAGUAUGCCAAUUACUACACCAGUCAAAUCAUGGAGAUUCUCUUGCGAGAAUUUUCUUCCCCCGAUGAGGAGAUGAAGAAGGUUGUGCUCAAGGUCGUCUCCCAGUGCGCAGGCACAGAGGGUGUUACGGCGGGCUAUCUCAAGGAACACGUGCUCGAUGAGUUUUUCAAGAGUUUCUGGGUGAGGAGAAUGGCCCUCGACAAGCGGAACUAUAAGCAAGUUGUGGAGACGACGUUUGAUAUUGGACAAAAGGUUGGUGUCAGCGAGAUCCUGGAGAGAAUCGUCAGCAACCUAAAAGAUGAGAGUGAGGCGUACCGCAAAAUGACGGUGGAAACCACUGAGAAGCUUGUGGCUAGUCUUGGCGCCGCAGAUAUCGGCGAGCGGUUGGAGGAGAGGCUGGUGGACGGCAUUCUGCAUGCGUUCCAGGAACAGAGCGUCGAAGACGUCGUUAUGCUCAACGGCUUCGGCUCUGUAGUCAACGCCCUGGGCACACGGUGCAAGCCGUAUCUGCCCCAGAUUGUCGGCACGAUUCGCUGGAGGCUGAACAACAAGUCUGCCACCGUGCGACAGCAGGCCGCCGAUCUCAUUUCGCGAAUCGCCAUGGUCAUGCAGCAGUGCGGCGAAGACGCCCUCAUGGGCGAGCUUGGCAUCAUCCUGUACGAGUACCUCGGUGAAGAAUACCCCGAAGUUCUUGGGUCCAUCCUGGGCGCCCUGCGAUCCAUUGUGACGGUCGUAGGUAUCAGCCAGAUGCAGCCUCCUAUCAAGGACUUGCUGCCUCGCCUCACGCCCAUUCUUCGCAAUCGUCACGAGAAGGUCCAGGAAAACACCAUCGAUCUUGUGGGACGUAUUGCGGACCGCGGGCCCGAGAGCGUCAACGCCCGUGAAUGGAUGCGCAUCUGCUUCGAGCUGCUGGACAUGCUCAAGGCUCACAAGAAGGGUAUCCGACGAGCCGCCAACAAUACGUUUGGUUUCAUCGCCAAGGCCAUCGGUCCGCAGGACGUCCUCGCCACGCUCCUGAACAACCUCCGUGUCCAGGAGCGUCAGUCUCGAGUCAACACGGCCGUCGCCAUCGGCAUCGUCGCGGAGACGUGCGCACCCUUCACCGUGCUCCCAGCCCUGAUGAACGAGUACCGGGUCCCCGAGCUCAAUGUGCAAAACGGCGUGCUCAAAUCCCUCUCCUUUUUAUUCGAAUACAUUGGCGAAAUGGCCAAGGACUACGUCUACGCCGUAACCCCUCUCCUAGAAGACGCCCUCAUCGACCGGGACCAGGUCCACCGCCAAACAGCCGCAUCUGUCGUCAAGCACAUCGCCCUCGGCGUCAUUGGGCUCGGCUGCGAAGAUGCCAUGGUCCAUCUGCUGAACCUCCUCUUCCCCAACCUGUUUGAAACCAGCCCCCACGUCAUCGACCGCAUCGUCGAAGCCGUCGAAGCCAUCAGGAUGUCUGUCGGGCCGGGUGUCGUGCUCAACUACGUCUGGGCAGGCCUUUUCCACCCGGCCCGCAAAGUCCGCACCCCAUACUGGCGCCUCUACAAUGAUGCCUAUGUCCAGUGUGCUGAUGCCAUGGUCCCGUACUAUCCAAACCUGGAUGAGGAGAAGAUUGACCGGCCUGAAUUGGCGAUUGUAUUGUGA